AUGGGCCAGCGGCUGCUGACGCCAGCUCAGCUGCUGUGGCUGCUGCGCCAGCUGCCGCCGCCUGCGGAGCAGCAUGCGACACAGCAGGAGCCGAGCCUGCAGCUGACACAGGCGGGCUGGGCGGCCUACUGGAUGCUAGAGCCCGCGGCCCUGCAGCAGGCUCUGGCGGAGAUCCUGCAGGCCGCCACCCAGCUUCAGGAGCAGCAAGCGCAGCAGGCUGGCGACGCUCCAGAAGGCACAGACGCCUGGGCCGCGUUGCAGCAGGUGCUUGCGCGCCAGCCGCACUGGGCAGCCACGGCGGCGGCGGCGGCCCGCCACCCUGCCCUGCACCUGGCGAUGCGCCAGACGCUCCACGGGUGGCUGGCGGCCAGCGGCAGCCCGGUGGCCUGGCGCCUGCUGCUGCUCCUGCUGCGGGCUGCAGCAGGCGCACGUGGGCAGCAGCUGGAGAGGGACGGGCAGCUGCCGGCAGAGCUGCGGGUGCUGUACCCUGCUGACCUGGUCCCCGCGGCAGCCCUGCUGCACACACAGCCGCCGUCUGCCGCCGGGCUGGAUCAGGCAGUGGCGCUGCUGCGGGCCUACAUUGCUGCCGCAAGCGGAGCGCCGUCAGACAGUGGCCUGCCGCUGGCACAGCGGCAGCAGCAGCAGCAGGACGGCAGCGAUGCCCAGCCUGUGCAUGCGUGGGAUCAUGCUUCAUGCGAGCAGCAGAGGCAGCGCCUGGCAGCUGGCCGGCAGAGGCAGGCGCAGGCCUGGCAGCUGGUGCUGGAUGCACCGGCUUGGGUCCUCUUCUGCCUCCAGCAGCUGCCCCUGCAGCAGCUGCUGGAGGCAGGCACGGCGGCGGAUGAUGCCGGCAGCAUGGGCCCUGCCUCUCCAUCACCAGCGCCAGCACCUGCCGGCCACCGGCAAGCAGGAGCCAGCGCGGCGGCGGCUGACUUUGUGGGGCUGCUGUUGUGGCCUGGCCAGGCGCGGCAGUGGCAGGUGCUGCGGGAGGUGCUUGCGCUGGAGUUGGCAAAUGUGGACUUGCCGGCGAUCCUGCCAUGGCUGCAGUCGUGGCAGCGGGUGUUACAAGGGCACCCGCACAGCAGGACAGGCACGCCAGCGAGCGACCAAUGA